AACCUAGUACCCGGCUUCGAUCGCGCUAGCUUGGUGGCGCCCACACGAUUGUCUCAGGUCCUUGGCACACACUGUGUACUGCAACCUCGAGACUAGCUAGCUACACACGACCCGCUCAUUUCUUGCGCUACUCAGCCAUACUCUACUAUUCACUACAAGGGACUUGAUACCUUUCUUACGAUGUCUAUCACAAAGAUCGAAUCUCUUUCGCAGCUGAAUGAGAUCCUUUCCAAGUCAAAGGACAAAGUCUCGGUCAUUGACUUCCAUGCCGAAUGGUGUGGACCAUGCCACAUGAUUGCACCUGUAUUCGAGGCACUCUCAAAGAAAUACACCAACGUAAACUUCUUGAAGUGUGAUGUGGAUAAGGCGAAGGAUGUGGCUGCACACUAUGGUGUCACGGCGAUGCCUACAUUCGUCUUCCUGAAGGGAAGCACAAAGGUUGAUCAGGUCCGCGGCGCAGACAGAAAUGCUCUUCAAGCUACAGUUGAGAAGUGGGCGGGUUCGUCUACUGGUAGCGUCUUCUCAGGCAAAGGCCAUACGCUCGGUGGCUCGUCGUCUUCGUCCACAUCUUCGCCUAACGUUGACCUUCGUUCCGCUGCUUCCGGCAUCACAAACCUCGACCCUCAAGCGAAGAUCCUACUUGGUCUCCUCGGCGCGUAUUUUGUGUUUUGGGUCUUGAGCUGAAUGUCGAGGCUGCGGGCACGAGAACCUGCAUGUUGAGUCUGUAUAUUUAUUUCGAGGUUUGUAUCUAUAUAUGUGGACAUGUUGAUUUUUUUUGGCCUGAGUGCGAUAGAAUGUUUUGGUUUUACGCAUCGAGCCUGAUAUCAUAGCAGUGCAAAGAAAAUUCAUUGAGUGGC